AUGUUCUUGGUUCCACAACACGAAAAGGAUGAAAUACAGAACACUGCCUUAAAAUAUAUCAGGUUGCAACUAAUGCAUGAUCUAUUGUUAAGAAAACUAAGUUACGGACACAUAAAUUAUGACAUUGAUGAUUUAAAUGAAGUACGAAAAUCAGCCUAUACCAAGUAUUUGUUAAUGAACAAUGUUGAAACUUGUUGCAUUAUAAAACCAAUACAAAUGUACACGGAUACAGUAGCCCAGAACCAACAAAUAAUUCAAAUAAAUCCUAGCACUUGUAAUAGGAAUUUAUUGAAUGCUAAUUACCAUGCUAAUAGAGUUGCUAAAAUAGAAUAUAUUGUAAAAUAUCAAUUGUUUGAUUACAGGAUUAUAAGAGUUGGCCCUGAAGUAAAAACAACCGAACCAAGUUUAAAGGAGCGACUAAAACGAAUUAUAAUGAGAAUCAAGAAUACCUUUCAUCGACCCAUUCCACCAAUAAGCAAGCGGAUGCAAGAAAAGUCAAGCAAAGAAUUCAAGAUGGCUCAUAGGAGGUUUUUGAGCCACGAAUUGCAGCAAAUAAAGGCAGUAACUUCCCCCACCUCCCAUCCUCCUUCACUAAUUUAA